AUGGCUUUGUGUCGGAUGUCGGCGUAUUUUAACAAGGUGGGUUGGCCUGAGACUCCCAAAGAUGAAGCAGAGAGGAAAGCGUUCAUAGCCGGGCUUCAUAAGCAGAAGACUGAGCUUUUCAUGGUUCUCAUCAAGAAGAAGCUGCUUCCUCUUCGACCUGGUGUUGCCAAACUGGUUGAUCAAGCUCUAACGAAUGGAGUAAAAAUCGCCGUGUGCAGCACUUCAAAUGAAAAGGCGGUUUCUGCUAUUGUUUCAUGCUUGCUUGGACCAGAAAGAGCAGAGAAGAUCAAGAUAUUUGCAGGAGAUGUAGUCCCCAAAAAGAAGCCUGACCCGGCCAUCUACAACUUAGCAGCUGAAACCCUCGGAGUUGAUCCCUCAAAAUGUGUUGUGGUUGAAGACAGCGCUAUCGGACUAGCAGCUGCAAAAGCUGCGGGAAUGACUUGUAUAGUUACAAAGAGUGGAUACACGACGGAUGAAGAUUUUGUGAACGCAGACGCGGUUUUCGACUGCAUUGGUGACCCUCCAGAAGAGAGGUUUGAUUUGGCAUUCUGUGGAAGCCUUCUGCAGAAACAAUUGGUUUAGUUAAACCAAACCCCACCGAUAAAAUGAUCUUUGGUUGUUUCUAUCUCAACGUUGGUGUGUAUAGAUAAAGUGACAUAUAUUUAUUGUAAAACCAUACAGCCCUCACUCAUCAAAUCUUUCUUCUCCACUGAAGCCUCAACGGUCACUUUUAUUUC